AUGCCUGGCGCACAUAGAGAAUUAAGCAUGUGGAAACCUUUAAAUGCUGAUGAAAUGAUUAAAUCAUUUGAUAUGAGGAGGUACAAUUCUGAGAAGAAAAUUGAGAAUUACAAAUGGAUGGUCCCAAAUGAUUUCAAGAAAGAGGGAUUCUACUAUAACUCAUUUAACAGACAUCAUCAUCUCAAUCCUAAGUAUACCAAACCCAGCAAGUACGGUUAUAACAGAGAUAAUGUAAUAAAUCGACAUGGAAACUUGGCUGCUUAGUAUAAUAUUGCUGGAGGCUAAAUUGAGCCUGAUUUUCAUAAGCAAAUAGAUGACCUCGAAAACUAUAUUGUCCAUAACAAGAGAGCCCCAAUAAUGGAGAGAAGCUACAAUUCAAAUCCUGUGAUACAUCAUAUUAGUGGAGGAGGCCCAUUCUACCCAGGGCAUUCUUUUGUUGUUCAUUCCUAGCCUGCAAUGUAUUAGGAACGCAUGGUUGUAAAUGAGUUUGAUAUAGAAUGGUUCAUCAAAUAAGCCUUGAGAUGGGAUGAUUUAUUUGUAAGUAGCUGGAAUCAGAUUGAAGAUGUCAAGGAGAGAAUUACGAAGUUCUUAGCUAAUUAUCACGGGCAUCAUGAUUAUGAUGUGUAUAACGGGAAUGGCUCAAGAGGGCCUAUGACAUAUUUCCCAUGGGAAGAUUAUCAAAUAUUUUAAGUAUUAGAAAACUGUAGAGUAGCUGAAGAGGAGAUGCUUUUGCAUCUCAGCAGAAUUCCAGAUGAUUUACUCAUGUAUCAGGUUAGAUGGAUAAAAUAUUAAGAAUUAAUGAGAAUCAGAAUUGAAAUAGAGAGGUGGCUUUAUUUUAUAGCUAAUGAAUUCAAGAGACCCUACAAUCCACCUGUGAUACUUGAAGAACCUAAAAAGCCUGGUAACAAAUAUGCAGGAGAGUUUGUUGUAUACUGGGAUUAUAUUCUUGAUAUUUUCAAGAAGGUAAGAGAUGUAUAAAUAGUCUAUGGAGUUUAUAACAAAGGAGGAACCCUAAUUAAACCAAGAUUGGUAGAUAACAAGCCUGUUGAAAUGAAUGCAAAAACCAAAUAUGCUGGUCAAGCUGUCUUUGAUAUUUCCCAUUUGCUAAAGGAUGUAAAGGCUGAUGAGCAUAACUAUCUUAUUUUUGAAGUUCAAGGUAAUCCAGACGGAGAUAAGUUUAACAUUCACUCUCUGGGAUUUGAUUAAGGCAAUGGUUAUCCUUUAAGAGAGGGAGGAGAUAAAGAUGGAUGGGACAUGUUUUCGAAGUUCGAGGAAGGUGAUAAUGGUAGCAUGAAAACUAUCGGUUGGUCUUUUAUUGAUCUCUUUGAUUUAAAAAAGAACUUAAAAGCUGGGCCGUGGAAAGUACCUAUAUAUCUUCCUCCGACAAUGAUAGAUAUUGAUAUCAAGAGAUUUUAGUAAUAAGCUAUAAGACUUCCGAAAUCUAUGGUAUAUCUUAGAAUAGAUUAUCCUGAUUUACCAGAGAUAGUGAACAUUGAUGGAUGCCAUUUAAGUUAUUAACAUCUAUAUCGCCUGCCUGAUUAUCAUAACUUUUAAUGCAGAUAUGCAGUUACAACUCCAGGUAGAGAUCCAGAUUACAAAAGUCCUGGUAUUAAAGUUUAUGUGCAUUCUGGCAUAGGUUGGUUUCCAGAAAGAAAAGUAAGAGUAGCUUGGUGCUUGUAAAUUGGUAAACAUAUUUUACAAGAAAAAGCAGGUGUUUUAUGUUUCUAUGCUACAUAGGGUUAGAAUCCAAACACAAAAAACUUUAUUAGAGAGAAGGGGAAGCCCACCGAUGUUGUUCCAUUUAAUGAUGGAAAAGACUGGAAUAGAGAUUUUUAUGAUUUACUCUGGAAAUUAUGGGAAAAGAAACUGGAAAGCGAUAUCUAUCUUAUCGUAUAGUAUCUUUAGCUUAAAGAAAAUACCAUUCCAUCUGUAGCAAAUUUUAUUUCAAGAGUUCUUCUUGAGGAUGAAUAUGAUCUACUAGGGUAUGGAGUAAUUAAGCUGAAUUAAAAAGAUGGCAAAAUCUAAUUUGGAGAUUACAAACUAGAUUUGCAUGAAGGACCUAUUUUUGUUGAGGAGGUAGAGUCACAUCCAAAGAAUGGUAGAUAUAUAUGGGUUUCAGUUGCACAACCUGGUACCUCUAUUAAACCUAGAACUCCUUAAGGAACUGACCCUCCAGCUGAUGUUGUCAAUAAAUUUGUGGAUAAAUACAAGUCUAAGAGAUAGCCUAAGCCAGAACCAUAGAAAUAGCCUACACCUCAAAAAGUUUCAAUGCCAGUUAAGGACUAUAUAAAGCCAUCACCAAAAAGAAGAAUGUCAUAGGUUUUCGGAGGAACAUAAUCUCAGUAGAAUCUCCCAAACAUUCAGAGCAGGGCUGGCCCUACUCCUUCAACUAGAAUUGAUACUAAUAAGCCUAUAUCUAGGUAGAAAUCAUAAACCUCUUUGCCUUAAUUAAACAACUCUCAAUAGCAGAAUUCAAGGUAAAAAACUAUAGAAGUAGUCUAAAAUGUUAUGUAAAAGCCAAAUGCACCACCAAGCAGAAGUCCAAGAUAGGAUUUAUUCUCAAGAAACGGAGCCGGAAGAGCACCAUCUAGAGGUGGACCAGUAGGAAGUUCAUAAACAGGGGCUACUAAAAAUGUAUCCUUAGAUAAUAAAGGAGUAAAAAAGAUCACAUUUAGAUGA